CCUACUUUGCUUGCUUCCCAUCAAAGGAAUCCACGACACGACCCAAGAGAAAAGAAGAGAAAGAAGUCCCUAAAGCAAAUUAAAGCUCGCACUGUGUAGACAAAAGAAGCUUUUUUUACCCACUUAUCCCACCUCCUUGUAAUCCUUUCUUCCACACAUACUUUUCUCUGCAGUGUGGACUGUGUAGUCUAUCCCCUUUCAUACAUAUUCCCCUUCCUCCCACCCUCCUCAUCAUCUAAGAGAGAUCUAGAGAGAGAGAGAGAUAAUGGUUAAGAUUGGAGGGUUCUUCGUCUGCCUCUUGAUCGUGGCAAUGGACAUCGUAGCCGGGAUUCUUGGCAUCGAAGCAGAACUCGAACAAAACAAGGUGAAACACUUGAGACUCUGGAUCUUCGAGUGUAGAGAACCAAGCCAUGCAGCAUUCAAGCUAGGGUUAGCUGCAGCCGGACUUCUAGUUCUUGCACAUGUUAUUGCAAACUUGCUUGGUGGAUGCAACUGCAUUUGUUCUCAGGAUGAACUCCAAAAGGCCCCUCCUAAUAAGCAAAUCUCUGUCGCUUGCCUCGUCCUCACUUGGAUCAUUCUGGCCGUUGGAUUGUCGAUGCUGGUGAUAGGAACUUGGUCAAACCAUAAGUCAAGAUCUUCAUGUGGUUUCACACACCAUCAUUUUCUGUCGAUUGGAGGCAUCGUGUGUUUUGUUCAUGGGCUGUUUUGUGUAGCUUAUUACAUAUCUGUCACUGCCUCUACUGGUUAAUAAUUUAAUUAGUUUCGUUAAUUAAGCCGUGAUGAAGGAUUAAUGUUGCCUUGUUCCUUUCAUAUCUCCUAACUUUACCUCCUCUUUCCAUGCGAGACAAUAGUCGUGCUUAUCUUUCUUUUACCCCUUUGAUUAAUUUAAGACAAUGUGCUAAUCUUUCUUUUCCACUGAUUAGUUUUGGACAAGGAAUGGAGAUUAUUAAUAAUAAUAUUGCGAUAAUGUUGGAUGUUUCUUUA